AUGGCGUCCUUGAAGAACAACACACAAGUUGAUGUAGUGGAAGAGCAGUAUUGCAUGCGAUUUCCGGCCGCCUCCAACAGAGGCAUUUGGUUCGGAGAGAAUCCGUUGGACGAUACCCAUCCUCUAAUGCUGGCCCAAAUCAUCCUAGUUGUUGUUACUUCCCAGCUUCUUUAUUUUUUGCUCAGGCCAUUGGGACAAACCAAAUUCAUCUGCAAUCUCCUGAGUGGCAUUAUCUUGGGGUCCUCUGCUCUUGGGGGUACCAAGGGAUUCAAGGACAGACUAUUCGCAGCCAAAGUGAUUCCAUUGUUCGACUCAAUGGCCACUGUUGGUGCAAUAUACGCCUUAUUCCUUGCUACAUUGAAAUUCGACGCACUCCGCUUCAAAAGAACGUCGAAGAAAGAUACCGUGAAAAUUGGUCUGGCCUUGGAUGACCUCAACCUUAUGACGUCUGAGUUGGGCCAAUUUGCCAUGUCCUCUGCCCUCCUCAACGAUGUGAUCUACUGGAUCGAAAUUAUAUUCUAUUUCAUAUUGGCCCGAGCACGCGCAGGCUAUGGCAUUCAGAGUUUUAUGUCAUUGCUUGGGUUGAUAUUAUUCACUUUCUACGUCAUACGCCCAACUAUAAUGUGGAUUAUCAACAACAUCCCCCAAGGACAAGAAGCCAAGGAAGUUCAUGUAGUUGCAAUACAACUUGGGGUUCUAGUUCUGGCAUUUAUCUCCGACGCCUUAGGCCUGGCGAUGGACACAGGUCCUAUACUUCUUGGGGUAGCCAUACCAGGUGGACCACCUCUUGGUGCAGCAAUAGUCCACAAGACCGAAUAUUUGAUCUCCCAACUUCUUAUGCCAAUCUUCUUUUACCGCAUUGGAUACAGACUCAAU